GUUUGCCCGUUUAGCUUUCACCGGGGUCAGCCUGCGGAUUACCUUCCACUAGAGUCUCCCUGUCUCGGUUCUGCUCUUCUACACUAUUUUCGUCGUUCCAGCCUCAAUUCCCGAUGGAUACAUAUUUGCUUGCCCACAUGCAUCUGCGUCUUCUGUUGCUCUCACUCACUCUAUUUUGCGGCGUGUUGAGCUCCGGCCAUCUCAUUGAUGAUGCCUAUGCGAAAGAGAUACUGAGUGCAGCCGAGAGAGACAAAGAUUGGUUAAUAUCAGUGAGGAGGUUAAUCCAUGAGUACCCAGAACUCGCUUUUCACGAGCACAACACCAGUGCUCUGAUCCGCGGGGAACUCGAUAAGUUUGGUAUCCCUUACACAUAUCCACUUGCCAAAACCGGCAUUAUUGCGGAAAUUGGUUCUGGCUCUCGCCCCAUCGUUGCUCUUCGUGCUGACAUGGAUGCCCUUCCUUUGCAGGAGCUGGUCGAGUGGAACCACAAGAGCAAAAUUGAGGGCAGAAUGCACGCAUGCGGACACGAUGCCCACGCGACCAUGCUACUUGGUGCCGCGAAAUUACUUAAUCAGCGGAAACAUAGACUUCAGGGAACAGUACGACUUCUUUUCCAACCUGCUGAGGAGGGAGCCGCUGGUGCCGCUCAGAUGAUUGAAGAUGGAGCACUUGAAGAUGCAGAAGCAAUUUUUGGUGUGCAUGUCGAUUACAGAACGCCUACAGGAGCCAUAUCAUCUAUAUCUGGACCUUUCUCAGCUGCUGGGUGUAUCUUUGCAGCAAAAAUGAUAGGGCAAGGUGGGCAUGCUGCACAACCCCACAAAAAUGUGGAUCCUGUGCUGGCUACAUCGUUUGCAAUAUUGGCACUGCAACAACUUGUCUCAAGAGAAUCUGAUCCACUUCACAGUCAAGUGGUGUCAAUUACUUAUGUCAAAACCAAUGUUGCGUUAAAUGUGAUUCCAUCUUAUGUUGAAUUUGGUGGCACUCUGAGGAGUCAGACAACUGAAGGCAUGUACCACUUCAGGCAGCGAAUAAAGGAGGUUAUUGAAGUACAGGCAGCUGUGCACAGAUGCAGGGCACAUAUAGAUAUGAAAGAAGAAACUUUUACCCCAUAUCCUGCUGUUGUGAAUGACAAUAAGUUACACCUACAUAUAAAGAGGGUUGGUCAACUUCUGCUGGGUCCUGAAAACGUGAGGAAGGCCAAGAGGGUGAUGGCAGGUGAAGACUUCGCAUUUUAUCAACAAGUGAUUCCGGGAGCUAUGUUUGGCAUUGGCAUUCGAAAUGAGGAAGCAGGAUCAGUUCGCCCUCCGCACUCUCCUUUCUUCUUUCUUGAUGAGGAAGUCCUUCCAAUAGGGGCUGCACUUCACACGGCGAUUGCUGAGUUAUACUUAGAGGAUCACCAACAUUCUACCGUGCAAUAAGAUUUGUCUUAUUUUUGGUACUUCAUGUCUAUAUAAAUUUUUAAAUACACCUCUUUCACCUGGACGAGGUGAUAUAGAUUGCGGAGGAAAGAGAUAUUCACUCGACAAAAAGGCCAAAAGGUCCAGUACAAGGCAUAAAAUCCCUAUUCCCAGGCACACAAUUCUUAUCCUUUCUCCUCUAACUGAUUCUAGGAUAAUGCAUACUCCAAUUCUGUUA